ACAGCUGAAGCUAUCAGUUCAUCUUCAAGAUGGAACAAUUGCUGUUCAUAUUAUGGAAGCAAAAGGACUUAUGGGAAGAGAAUACCGCACUUGUGAUUCUUAUGCAAAGUUGUCAGUGGUACCUGACUCUGAUCGUGGAUGCAGACAGAAAACAAAGACUGUGCCAGAUUGCAAAAAUCCAGUAUUUCACGAGCAUUUUAUGUUUCCUUUGCAAGAAACAGAUGAACAAAAGAGACUUCUUGUUACAGUUUGGAAUAGAGACAGAAAUUCAAGAUGCACUGAGCUACUUGGAUGUAUGAGCUUUGGAGUAAAGUCACUGCUUGCAUUGGAUAAGGCGAGUAAUUUAGUACGAAAUUAG